UCAUAAAACAAUCCACUCCCUAUUAAACCCAGUGGGCUGCCUCCCAGUAUCUGCACUGUCUUGCAGGAAGGGCCAUGGAACCUGCUUAUGAUGACUUCGAAAAUUUCAACCUUGGCGAUCAACAAAAGCAUCAGAAGGCCAAGUGGACAUCAGGUAUCCGAGGCAAGUUGUGCUUCCGUGAAAAGUGGUUGCAGUUCCUCAAGGCCUUGAUUCUGAUUGUCCUGUUCAUCCUCAUCAUCUAUGGAUUCCUUAAGUAUUCACAAAUGAACGGGAGUGUGAAGGAAUUUCCAUCACAGGUCAAGGAGGAGAUCUCACAGGCCAUGACUAAUGUUUCCCACAAGGUGGAGAUGAUGGUGUUAAAGCAGAAUAUUGAGGACGAGAUGGCGAGCCUGAGCUCCAGAGUGUUGGCAGACAUGUCAAAGAAGCUCGAUGACAUAAUGCACCAGAUCAUGAUCAAAAUGAGAGAACUGGCAGAAAUCGAAUGUCAGAACCUUCAAUGCCCCAGUAACUGGAUCGCCUUUGAUGAGAGCUGCUACUUCAUCUCAAACAAGGCAGCCACGUGGCACAAUAGCCAGCAGUACUGUUCCCUCCACGGGAGCAAUCUCCUUGUCAUUAAUAAUGCGAAUGAGCAGACGUUUAUCUUCUUGACUAGUAAACAUAAUUUUUGGAUUGGUCUGAAUGACAAAGGGACUGAAACUAAUUGGGAGUGGGUCGAUGGCACACCCUUCAACACAUCAGCGACGGACUGGAAUGAAGGUGAACCCAACAAUGCCGGGCAUGGAGAAGAUUGCGUUCAUGUUCAAAAUGCAGGAAAAUGGAAUGACGCCAACUGUAACUCAAAGCUUCACUGGGUUUGUGAGCAAAAGAGAAAACUGGUAUGAACCUCCUCCAGCCUCCAAUCUGGACCAGCCCGGCCGAUCAGAUCUCUCCGCUGGGUCCUGAGCAAAGACCAAUCAUGCCCACUCCAGAGGCAUUGCAUUCAACUACACACAACUAUUCCCAGGCCAGGGCAGGCAACUAAAGAUAGACACAAAAAGCUGGGGCGAUUCUGCCGUUCAGGCAGCAUCUCUGGAGAAAAGGAAUAGGUGACGUUUUCGGGUUCUGAAUAAGCUAGAGAGUUGUGAAUCUGCGGAAUUCUCUGCCACAGAAGGCAGUGGAGGCCAAUUCACUGGAUGUUUUCAAGAGAGAUUCCAUCGUCUGCCAUUCAAUCAUGGCCAAUAUAUCACACAUCACAUUAUUUAUGCAUUCAAGAGAGAGUUUGAAGGGCCUGUUUCUCGCGGAAACAGGCCCUUCAAAUUUCCUACCAGUGGGAGAGCCUAGGACUAGAGGCAGGAAUCCGAUGGCAUUGUCUGCAUUUCCAUUGCCUUCUGCUAACAUUUGCACCUGACAUUUCAUUUCAUCUUGAAGUUCAAGUUGGGAGGAACAACCUUGCUAUUUCCAUUAC